AUGGCUGUGGAUCUCUGGAGUUGGUGUUGGGUCCUGGGUGCUUCCAUGGCUUUAGCUGAGACUGGCGUAGAAGUAGCAGUCUCUGAUGAGCUUGCGGUUGCAUGGGGUGAGAAGGAAGUGUUCUCCGGCGACGCACUCGUAUCAGUGCCUGUGCUACAAGACGUCUUGCAUGGUGACGUCUUCUAUUUGAAGAAAUUUAGCAAGUGCCCAAGAGGUGGAAAUGACGAUUUACUCGAACUCCUUUACCUUCAAACUCCCACCCAUUUCGAUAAUCUAUACUUCAAGAAUUUACCAGAUAAAAAGGGUCUUUUCCAUUCCGACCAGGAGCUAUUCAAUGGCAGAUCCACAGACAAACUGGUGAAGAAAUAUGCUACUAAUGCAGAUGCAUUCUUUAAAGCCUUUGCAAAGGGCAUGGUUAAAAUGAGCAACAUCAAGACUCUCACGGAAAGCUAG